AUGAUUGGUUGACAGCUUUUUAGACAAACAAGCAAGGCGGCAAAGAGAAAGGGGAAGAGCCCAAAGAGAGAGUGGAAUGGAAGAGGCGAAGGGGUUGGUAAAGCACGUAUUGCUGGCAAAAUUCAAAGAUUCAACCCCACCUGACCAGAUUGAAGAACUCAUCAAGGGCUAUGCCAACCUUGUCAAUCUCGUGCCUCCCAUGAAAGCCUUCCACUGGGGCAAGGAUGUGAGCAUUGAGAACAUGCAUCAAGGUUUCACUCAUGUCUUCGAGUCAACCUUCGAGAGCGUGGAAGGCAUUGCAGAGUAUGUAUCUCAUCCAGCCCAUGUCGAAUUCGCAAAUCUGUUCCUGCCCCACCUGGAGAAAGUCAUUGUUUUCGACUACAAGCCCAUUACAGUCCAUCUCUGAAUCAAAAGGCCAAUGACAAUUAUCAAUUAUCCGGCCAGUUUAAUCUUGUAAUAAAGUUAAUGUGCCAUAUGUGCAAACUGGAUUCAGGUUUUGUUGAACCCUUCAAAUCCCAGUUUAAAAAAAUGCAGACUUGGAAUUGUGGAUUUUGAAUUUUUUUGAGCUAAUUUCUUUAGUGAAUGUUGAA